UUGACUCUAGCGAGUUCGGACUCUGGCCUAACAGGGCGGGGCGGGUCCGGGCACUGGAGCCGGUUCGACUGAAGAGAGGCGGCGGCUAAGGCGGCAGAGGAUGGAGGCAGUUGUGUUCGUGUUCUCGCUCCUCGACUGCUGCAUGCUCAUCUUCCUCUCAGUGUACUUCAUAAUUACACUUUCUGAUUUAGAAUGUGAUUACAUUAAUGCUAGAUCUUGUUGCUCAAAACUAAACAAGUGGGUAAUUCCAGAAUUAAUCGGACAUACAAUUGUUACUGUAUUAAUGCUCAUUUCAUUGCACUGGUUCAUCUUCCUUCUCAAUUUGCCUGUUGCCACUUGGAAUAUAUAUCGGUUCAUUAUGGUGCCUAGUGGUAACAUGGGAGUGUUUGAUCCAACAGAAAUACACAAUCGAGGGCAACUGAAGUCACACAUGAAAGAAGCCAUGAUCAAGCUUGGUUUCCACUUGCUUUGUUUCUUCAUGUAUCUUUAUAGUAUGAUUUUAGCUUUGAUAAAUGACUGAAGCUGGAGAAGCCAUGGUUGAAGUCAUCCCAGACUACAGUGAACAAUUGAGGAGCCAGAGACUACUUAAUCACCCUUAGAGCCGUGACCAUAGCAGUAUAUUUUCCUCUUUGAACAAAAAGUAUUUUUGCUGUAUUUUUACCAUAUAAAGUAUUUAAAAAACAUGAA